AUGGAUACAAUUAUCAUUCCAAGCAACUCUAAAAUUUCCUCUUUGGGUUAUAAUAUGUUAGCUAACACAUUAAUUAGAAUGUUUAAUAUUCCAGCGUUAGUAAAUACUAUUGAAAAAGGAUGCUUCGAAUAUGCCUUUCUUGAUAGUAUAACAGUAAGUUCAGGAAAUAAUAACUUCAAAAUUGAAAAUAAUAUGAUCUUAACAAUAGAUGGUUCAAUUUCACUUGGAUACCCAUUAAGAAUGACAGGAACAGCAGUUUUUCCAAAUGGUGUUAAUAGAAUUGAGUAUGCAUUAUUUGGCAGCACAUCGAUUUCUCAUGUCCAGUUUCCAGAUUCACUCAAAGAAAUUGGAGCUUAUGCUUUCUAUAAGUCGAAAAUUCAAGAUGUUUUUAUUCCGAAUUCUGUUACCAGUAUAGGAUACAAUGCUUUUGCUUCAUGCCCGAAUCUUGCUUCGGUAAGACUUUCUGAAAGCCUUACGAUUUUAGACGCAUAUACUUUUCAAGAGGCAUUAAUAACUUCAAUAAAUUUUCCAGAUUCUAUUAAAAGAAUAGAAACAAGUUGCUUUGUUAGAUGUUGGAAACUUUCUGAAGUCACACUACCAGAUAAUAUUACUUAUCUUGCCGGAAAUGCAUUUCCAAAAACUACUAAAUUAAAAUUUGGCCCUAAUUCCAAUUUAUAUAUUGAUUCCCAACUCUUAAUUAUUGAUAAAAGUAAUCAAACGAUUAAUGGAUAUAUAGGAGAGAAUGUUGAAAAAGAAUUUGUAAUAUUAAACUCGAUACAAACAAUAACAAGUUCUGUAUUUGAUGGAAGAGAUAAAAUAUCAAAAAUAACAUUUCCGGGUGAUUCAAUGUUGAAAUCAAUAAAAAAUGCUGCAUUCAGCAAUUGCAUAUCUUCAAUUUGUGGAUCUACCUUCCACUAUAGUGACAAUUGA